CCCCAGAUGAUGCAACUCAUUUAGCCUGGGCCCAUGCCUGAGCCGCGCGCGGACGUGUUUGGCGACGCCCUCGAAGACGAAGAAGUUGGGACUGGUGAUGAAGAUUUGGGGCUUUUGGUGGAGAACGGAGAGUCCCAGCCCCGCUCCAAACCCGUGGAGGUCGAUGGUGUGGAUGAAGAUGUCCCGGAGGAAGUGGCAUCGAUGUGGUGCCGCUGCAGUUGUUGCUCCCUUGGAAUCUGUGGCCUGUUCCUCCUGUCCUUCAUUCUACUCACCCACUGGGGCUUCAUGAAGCGCCAGGGAUUGGAAGAUCUGGACGACCUCAUGAAUUUGAAGGACUCCUUCUGGUCGGAGACCACAGCACCACUGACGCCCGACGCUGCGCUGCCCAUCAUGCCCACAGCCUUCGUGGCCGAAGCCACGACGAGCACAGCAACCAGCGAAACGACCACGACCACAACGACGACGACACGGACGACAGAGAGUGCUUCUGUCAUAGAUCCCAAUUUCCUCUCCUCCGUGGACACUGUGGAGAAGGCUUUGGCAUGCAUGCGCCUCACCAAUCCACAACUGGAAGCCACCUAUCCCGACGAUGCGGAGGAACAUUUCCAGGAGAUCUACGACAACAUCAGCAGCUUCGUGUCCAUGGACUUUCCGGCGCAUCACUGGGCUGGAUACACCGGACCUUGGAUCGAGAAUUAUUGGAUCAAGAACUUUACUUCAAAGUGGUUUCAACGCGCAGAAGGCACCAGGUUGCGAGAUGUCUUUGGCCCGUUCAUCCCGAUCUUCGUCCCCUGGGUCGACCUGGCGGUGAGAGAAAGGGCAUAUCCUGCAGGGAUGAUCGAUAUGUUGAAGCAGAAGAUGCGGAAGACGGUGCUGUACGUCACGGUCUCCCAGCAUGACCUGGGCGUUUUCGGGGGAGCCAAGAUGUCGACGUUUCCGCAAAGUGACAUGCCGAACCUCUUUGUUUUCAGCGCGGGUGGUUUUGGGCACAUUCCAGUGCCACUACUGAAGCAGCCAGAAACGCCUCUGCCAGACAUACCCAUAGCGUCCCGGAGAUACUUCGUGUCCUUCGUUGGUAGCGGUUGGACCAACCGGGGCGUGCGCCAGAAUAUGGAAGCCGUUACCAAAGCGUGGGGCGAGAAGACGCAUAGGGAAGUCUUCGUGAACUUGAAGGGCAUGAAUGACUGGAAAGAAGUCCUGGUGAAUUCCUCGGUGACUUUGACGCCCAGAGGCUUCGGGCGCUCGUCCUUUCGCGCCGGCGAGAUGCUACAGAUGGGACGGGUGCCGUUGUACAUCUGGGACGACGUACCGUGGAGCUUCUACCGCGAAUUGUGGGACCAGGAAAUCAUUGGUUUCAGCGUCCAGAUCAAGGGGCUCGAGAAGAUGCUGGACCAUGUGGCUGAAGUGGGCUUCGAAAAACUGCAGAGUAUGGAGGAGAAAAUCCUCAGCAUGCGAAACAGUCAUUUCAGCUAUGAGGGUAUCAUGGACCAAAUCUCCAAGUUUCUGACGGGCCGCGGCGGAAGCAGCGACCUGCGCUGCGUCAAGUUCAAGCGCCGGCGACGGCGGCGGCGGCGACUGAAGUGGCUUCGGCCACUGCGGCGACUCCAAAGAUGGGUCCAAGAGUGGCUGGUUUAGUGAGGAAAAACAUGG